CCGAUGCGGGGCCAGUGGGAAAGUAUAAUACACAUUGAUCGCCCAGCAGCAUCAACGUUAACACUCCAAUCACUCGACUCGCUCCCAUUCUCACCAUAUCAUAUCAUACAUAUCAACACAAUGACAUCCACACUCCCCCCACCAUCAUCCAUCCCCUCCCUCCCCCAAGACCAACAGCUCCGCGUCCUCGACACGCUCUUCGAGCCCUCCCCAGAACUACACACGCUCAUGACCCCGGUGCUAUCCAACCAGUCCUUCGCUUCAUAUGACCGUCUGAUCGACGCCGUGGGAGGCCGCAUGUCGGCUCUCUCCGCCGAGAACUCGCCUACCGACCGGACCGUCCUCUUCGGUAUCCUGGGAUCGCAUCCCCGGUUGGGGAGGCCGAAGGUCGCGCAGGAGCAGCUGAGCGAGCUGAGCCAGAAGGAGCAGGCGCAGUUGAAUGUUGGGGCGGAGGAGUUGGCGGAGAAGUUGAGGGCGAUGAAUGAGGAGUAUGAGUCGAGGUUUCCGGGGUUGAGGUUUGUAACGUUCGUCAACGGUCGCAGUCGCGAGGUGAUCAUGGAGGAAAUGCGCCAGCGGAUUGACCGUGGGGAUGCCGAUCGCGAGGUCACAGAGACUAUCCAGGCGAUGUGCGACAUUGCGAAAGACCGAGCGCGCAAGCUGCAGUCUUGAUGCUCUUCUACAGUCUUGGAUAUAGAGUGGUCGCUAUCUGGUUCGAGUUCAUUCAGCUUCUAUGAUACUAUAUUAGUGGCAUCUUAUAAUCUAUCUGCUGGAUUGUUCUAGUCCCUUGCGCUUGGCCCGCCACCAUUACCUGUUUGGACGCGGAGACUGGCAUAAUAAACCCUUUGUCUAUAAAUGCGAAAGAUGUAUUAAUAAAGAAGAAAGAAAGG